CCGGCCCGGCCGCCCCCCGUAUUCAAUCCGACGGUCGAGAACUGGCUGGAAGGGCUCCCGCACAGCAGCAUCCGUCUCUCUUCCGUUGAUCUCGGCCAGUGGAACCGAGAUGGCCGCCGUGUCCGCGCCGGGGGUAGACUCCUCACCGGCGGCAUCAUCCUGCGCGUCUCGUCCCUCACAUUCGCCGCCAUCGUCGCCUUCAUCGCCUUGUCCAUCCUAGCAGACCAGAAUGGCGUCUUUGCCCCUAACCGGCUGGUUCCGGCGCUGGUGGUGUGCCCCCUAGUUGUCAUGUGGAAUACGGCCGAGCUCAUCACGCUUGGCUGCCUCCGCCGCGGCGAGGGCAUCUCGCCCAUAAUCCACGUAUGGGUGGAUGGCGCUCUGUUCUUAGGGGCAGCCAUCACCACUGGCUUCAUGCUCGUCGAUGUGGUCCUUGGCAUCGGAAGUCGCGACACCUUCCCAGGAGCCGGCGCACGCGAAAUAGUCGGCGCCUGCUUUCUGAUUGCUGUCAUGAUCAUCCACUCAUUUUACUUCUUCUUCUUUAUUUGCAACAAAAUAGACAGGCGAGAGCGG